GUUUAGUUAGGACUGUCCUACUGUUUAGACCUGCGAUUCUGACACUGACAGCGUUUAUGUUGGACCACAGUCACACUCCUAGCCGAAGUAAAUGCGACGAGCUAAUUUUAAACCACCGACUGUAAGUGGCCGGUGACUUGUGCCAACUGGAAGGGGACUUGGGGGGAAGCUGAUACCGUAUUCAGUUUCCCCAUUGCUUCCAGGGAAUUUGCAUGCUUCGAGGAAAUUGAGAAUAUGUCGGAGGAUGAAGCCGAAGAACGCAGGCGGGAACACUGGAAGCUGCUGUCCAGUCUGAAGACCACGGUGGAGGGCCUGGUGUCCAGCAGCAACCCCAACGUGUGGUCUCGCUACGGGGGCUUGCAGCGGCUGCACAAGGACAUGAACCACAUCCUCAUCCACGGCCUCAAGCACGAGCAGGUGUACUACAAGCAGAAGGACUACUGGCCCUUUGUGUGGUGCGUCCGUUACAUCAGCCCUCACCUGGCCUCGCAUGUAGAACAGUUCAGUAAGCUGGAGCCCGUGCUGAGCAGUGGGCUGCAGAGUGUCGGGGAGGGCUACAAGGCCGAGCGCUGGCUGCUGCACAGCCUCCAGGUCCACCUGCUCUCAGCCCAGCUCCGACCCCUGCUCAAACACCAGGGACACACGCGCAAGUACUACAACGUGGAGGCCUUUCUGCUGAGUGAGCCCCAUGUGAAGGCCAUGUUCCAGUGUCUGGAGGCCGUGGAGCAGAACAACCCCCGUCUGCUGGCCCUUGUCAACACAGUUAGGCUGUCCACUCUAAUGUGCUCUCCAUACAUGGAGGGCCUGUUGAAGAGCCGGAGUCUGUGUGUUCUGCCGGGGACUGGGGGUGGCUGGAGGUCCGGGGAAGGCCAGGAUCCCCCCAGAGGGGAGCUGAACCACAGGCUCACCACCUCCCAGUGCUCCCUCCCCCACCGAGACAGAGGACUCACACCCAACAGCAAUAACACAGGGGCCAUCUCAGAGAGCGACUCAGACUCUGCUCCAUCCACUAGGUCCUCGAGAGCCCCCUGGGGGUGCGUGGGGUGGUCCGAGGGAGAUGGUGAAAGGGGCAUGACCCCCCCUCCCGGUCCCUCAUUGGCGGUCCCCUCCAUCGCCCUGACUGAGCCCGCCUCCCCAGGCCCCGCCCACUCCGACGCUCUAGACUCAGGCGAGGGCGACUACGACGACGGGCCCGAGUAUCUGGCUAUCGGGAAUCUAGGGCAACGUGGCAAUCGGCGCCACUCCCAAAGCUCCACCCCCGGCGGCGGCGGCGAGUCAGGUGACGAGACUCAGGUCCAGUCCCCUGGGAGGAGCUCCUUGGCUUCGGUCCCGCCUCCCGCUCCCCGGAGGUCAUCCUUCUCGGAGGGUGAGAGGGAGCCGGGUCGGGGGGGCAGCAGGGGGCACAUCCGCUCGAUGUCCGACACAGGGAUCAACAACAAACAUAGACCUGGAAGGGGCCACAGGAAAAUCAGCAUUAUAAUAGAGGACCCUGUAGCAGAAUCAUUGGUUGCAGAGGACUGUCGUGUGAAGGACUACAGCCCUUUCUCCCUUGCCAGCAGUGAUGCCAGCACACCCAGUUCCCUCUAUAUGGAGGCUAACUGCUCCCAGUACAGCAGUGUUCCAGACUGCAUGUUCCGGAAGCCGUUGGAGGGCCAGAGCCUCAUCAGCUAUCUGUCGGAGCAGGACUUCGGCAGCUGUGCUGACCUGGAGAAGGAGAACGCCCACUUCAGCAUCUCAGAGUCUCUGAUUGCCGCCAUCGAGCUGAUGAAGUGCAACCUGCGGCGGCUGGUGGAGGAGGAGGAGGAGGGUGGCGACAGUGACUCAGAGAUCCAGCAGCUCAAACAGAAGAUCCGCCUGCGUAGGCACCAGAUCCAGCGCAGCCGCCUGCCGCCCUCGCAGCACUUGUUCCACUCCAUAGACAGUGGAUGCUCCCGCAGGAGCUCCCGGGAUUCCUUAAACCUGUCCGACUCGGGCUCCGCCGAAGAGGUGGAGGAGGUGUGCGAGCUGAAAGAUGCAGACAUAAAGCGCGGUGUGACAUCCAGUGGCCGCUCUUUCCUGAGAUCAGAGUCUAUCUCUCCGUCGUUCCUCCAGUCUAACUCGGCUGAGUCGGUGGCCAUGGGGCUCCUCAGGCAGUUUGAGGGCAUGCAGCUCCCCGCAGCCUCGGAGCUCGACUGGCUGGUCCCAGAGCAAGACGCACCACAGAAGCUCCUGCCCAUCCCUGACUCCCUGCCCAUCUCUCCUGACGACGGGGAGCAUGCUGACAUCUACAAGCUGAGGAUCCGGGUGCGAGGCAACCUGGAGUGGGCCCCGCCGCGACCCCAGAUCAUCUUCAACAUCCACCCCGCGCCCAAGAGGAAGAUAGUUGUGGCUAAGCAAAACUACCGCUGUGCAGGCUGCGGGACUCGCAUAGACCCAGACUACAUCAAGCGACUGCGCUACUGCGAGUACCUGGGCCGCUACUUCUGCCAGUGUUGUCACGAGAACGCCCAGGCGGUGGUGCCGGGCCGCGUGCUGAGGAAGUGGGACUUCAGCAAGUACUACGUCAGCAACUUUGCCCGGGACCUGCUGGGCAAGAUAUCAGGAGACCCCUUGUUCAACCCCAACGACGUCAACAGUAGCCUCUACAAGAAGAACAAAGUGCUGGAGACUGUCCGGGUUUUGAGGGUCCAACUAUUCCACAUGAAAAAUCUCUUCAAGACCUGCCGCCUAGCUAGAGACGUGCUGGACCAGUUCGACAGCCUCCCUGGUCACCUGACUGAGGACCUGCACCUGUUCUCCCUCAGCGACCUCAGCGCUGUGCGCAACGGAGAGCUGGCUCCACGGCUACGGGAGCUGCUGAAAUUGGGUUCCGCGCACGUGACCGGCUGUGUGCUGUGUCAGGCCAAGGGCUUCGUGUGUGAGUUCUGCGGCAACGACAAAGACAUCAUCUUCCCCUUCGAGCUGAACAAGUGCACGUGCUGCGAAGAGUGCAAGGCGUGUUUCCACAGCAAAUGUUUCCGGGCAGGCAAGGAGUGCCCGCGGUGCCAGCGCCUGGCAGAGAGGCGGGAGAGGAUGGCACGCAAGAACAUGGAGGAGCAGGAGGAUAAGGAGGAGGACGAGGGAGGAGGGAGCUAGGACGACGGACUGAGAAACGAGGGAGGUGGGAGCUAGGACGACGGACUGAGAAACGAGGGAGGAGGGAGCUAGGACAACGGACUGAAUAACGAGGAAGGAGGGAGCUAGGACGACGGACUGAAUAACGAGGGAGGAGGGAGCUAGGACGACGGACUGAGAAACGAGGGAGGUGGGAGCUAGGACGACGGACUGAGAAACGAGGGAGGUGGGAGCUAGGACGACGGACUGAGAAACGAGGGAGCGAGGACUGGAAAAGAAAGAAGAAAAAACCAAGAGCACAACACGACAAUGAUUGUAGUGACUGACCCCCCUCCAUUCAUCCCUCCUUUGUCCCUCUUCUCCCUGGAAGCUUCUGGAUAGUGGAUGAGCUCUGAUGCUUUUGAUUGUUUUUCAGUAGCUUUAGCUUUAGUUUUAGCAAAAUAUUAGAUUGUUUCCUUCACCUAAACUGACAGGAUUCUUGCUUUUGUUUUUUGAAUGCCUUGUCAAUAUGCUAAAUGGCAUAUUAUAUUAAUAUAUUGGCUACUUUUUCUGCUUGUAUGGUUUGCUGCUCUGAUUGCAGAUAUCAUAGUAUGAUGUAGUCCUGCCAUUUAUGUGAACAAGUGAUCACUUUAAAUAGAACAAGGUAGGUAGAAGUACUGAAAUCAACCACAACAAAUAACAAAGAAUCCCUUUAAUUCAAGUACGUUUUACUCAAACCCAUUUGAUGCUAUUAUAGCCAAGUGCCUCCGCGACCAAUGUUCUUGUAAUGGCAUAGCUGGCACCACUGGUUGUUCUAGAGGAGAUGGAAUGAUAGGUCUGUGGAGGGAGUCUUUCAGUCAGUGUUGCACAGAGUUACAAAUAUUUUUAAGAUGAGGCAGUGGAGGUGCCGUGUUCGUCCUGCUUUGUGUGCGUGUGUGUGCGUGUGUGUGUGUGCGUGUGUGUGAGAGAGAUAAUGUGUGCAUUUACAAAAAAGUGAGUGGAAGUGUGUACUAUGAAGUGAAUGUGUGUGUGUGUGUGUGUGUGUGUGUGAGGGGUGUGUGUGUGUGUGUGUGUAUAUAUGUCUACCUGCAUCCGUGUGAAAAGGUUUUGCACCAGCCUAAUCGGGCACUUAAUAUUUCAUUUUCUGUGUCAAAUAUGAAGUGUGUUUUUUUUUUUGGUUGAUUUAUUCAAUUUAAUUGCACUGAUCUGUCGGGUUGGGGAGGUGGCAAGGGGCGUUGCUGAUGUUUAUCUCACACAAAGCAUAUAGGGCUUUCACAGGUUAUAGGGCUUUCACAGGUUAUAGGGCUUUCACGGGUUAUAGGGCUUUCACGGGUUAUAGUACCUCUCUCACUUUAGCCUCAUACGACCAUCCUGAUCUUGUGAGCUUACAUUCUGUGUCGCUACACGGAUUCAACUUGGGCCUCUGCUGUGUUCAGAGUGCCUUCAUGGUUUUGCUGUAUUCAGAGUGCCUUCAUGGUUUUACUGUAUUCAGAGGGCCUUCAUGGUUUUGCUGUAUUCAGAGUGCCUUCAUGGUUUUACUGUAUUCAGAGGGCCUUCAUGGUUUUACUGUAUUCAGAGGGCCUUCAUGGUUUUACUGUAUUCAGAGGGCCUUCAUGGUUUUACUGUAUUCAGAGGGCCUUCAAGGCUUUUGCUGUAUUCAGAGGGCCUGGUGGGUUUUGCCCUAUUCAGAGGACCUGGUGGGUUUUGCUGUAUUCAGAGGGCCUUCAAGGGUUUUGCUGUAUUUAGAGGACCUGGUGGGUUUUUCUGUACUCAGUGGGCCUGGUGGGUUUUGCUGUAUUCAGAGGACCUGGUGGGUUUUGCUGUAUUCAGUGGGCCUGGUGGGUUUUGCUGUAUUCAGAGGACCUGGUGGGUUUUGCUGUACUCAGUGGGCCUGGUGGGUUUUGCUGUAUUCAGUGGGCCUGGUGGGUUUUGCCCUAUUCAGAGGACCUGGUGGGUUUUGCCCUAUUCAGUGGGCCUGGUGGGUUUUGCUGUAUUCAGUGGGCCUGGUGGGUUUUGCUGUACUCAGUGGGCCUGGUGGGUUUUGCUGUACUCAGAGGGCCUGGUGGGUUUUGCUGUAUUCAGUGGGCCUGGUGGGUUUUGCUGUACUCAGUGGGCCUGGUGGGUUUUGCUGUACUCAGUGGGCCUGGUGGGUUUUGCUGUACUCAGUGGGCCUGGUGGGUUUUGCUGUACUCAGUGGGCCUGGUGGGUUUUGCUGUAUUCAGAGGGCCUGGUGGGUUUUGCUGUAUUCAGAGGGCCUGGUGGGUUUUGCCCUAUUCAGAGGACCUGGUGGGUUUUGCUGUAUUCAGAGGGCCUGGUGGGUUUUGCUGUAUUCAGAGGACCUGGUGGGUUUUGCUGUAUUCAGAGGGCCUGGUGGGUUUUGCUGUAUUCAGAGGACCUGGUGGGUUUUGCUGUAUUCAGUGGGCCUGGUGGGUUUACACACUGUGGAAACCUAUCAUCCAAGUUUCACCGUUAAUGUUUAUGAUGACUGAUGGAAAGAAGAUAUGGAACGGUGUUGAUUGAAGAGUUUUGGGACGAAUCUAUUGUGUUUCUUCUGGUCGCUCUGGUUAGCGAUCCCCUGACUGUCAAAGACGAUGGUGUGUAUGGGGAUUGUGCACAUUCACAAGACUAUUGGUAAUGCACAACAUUUUGGCCUGGUUUUCCUGACAGAUUAAAGCCGAGUCUCCGACUAAGAAGCUUUUACGAUGGAGAAUUUCCAUUAGACAUGCUUUCUGUUUCUGGGAAACUAGCCCGUAGAUCACAGGACUGCAUAUAAACAGACUGGCUGGAAAAACAAACAUCAAACCAGCAUAGCGUUCGCCCUCAUAAGACUCAUAAUUCGAUGUUCCCUUCCCGAUAGACUUACGUGUACGUUCUAUUACCAACCAGGGGAGUAUAACCUAUUCAUCUUAACAUUUUAACAAGCCUGCUUUAAAAUGAAACUCUAUUAAUAUGAUCGUCGCCCGGAAGGCGUCUGGGCCUGUGUUCACAAAGUCUCUCAGAGUAGGACUGCUGAUCUAGGAUCAGGACCCCCCCCGUCCCCCGUCCGUCCGUCCGUCCGUCCAUGUAGUAGUAUCCAUUAUGAUCCGAAAGGCAGUCCUACUCCGAGACACAUUGUGAUCUCCAGUUGAUUUUACUGAUGGCCUCCCCCGACCCAAGCAGACUCCCGUCCUUAUUAAAUAUACCACCGUUUUUCUAUGUGUAGGGUGCCGUGGAGGUUUAAAGUAAACUACUGGAAGAAAAUGCUAUUGUUUUAUUGUUUGUGUUUAUGUACUGUUAUAUUAUUCUAAUAUUAUGAUGACAAUAAAAGACUGGUCAGACUGUU